AUGUCUGACGAUGACAACGAAGACGACGAUGCUGAAGAACCUCAAGGAGAACAAAACGCAGACGAACAAAUGGCGGAGGAUGAAGAUUUUGUGGAUGAAUCGAUUCAAGGCUUUUUCGAGCACAAAGACAGUGUCUACUGCUUAGCCCUAUCACCCGCAAACCCAAACUUGGCCUGCUCUGGAGGCGGCGAUGAGCUUGCUUACCUCUGGAACAUUGAGACUGGCGAAACUGUUCACAAGCUCGACGGCCACAAGGAUUCAGUGAUUGCCUGCGAUUUCUCUGCAGAUGGCACCUAUGUCGCAACAGCCGGCAUGGACGGUCUCGUGCAAGUCUGGAACACGGAGAGCAAGACGCGCGUGGUAACGCUUGAAGCAGGCAGUGAAUUGCUAUGGCUCAAAUUCCACCCAGUCGGUCACGUCUUGCUGGCUGGUACACUUGAUUCGACCUGCUGGAUGUGGAAAGUCCCCUCAGGCGAUGUCAUGGGCGUCUUUGCGAGUCAUACAGCACCGUGCACGGCUGGUACUUGGUCAAGAGACGGUAAGAUGUUUGUGUCUGUCAGUGAAGACGGAACAGUCAUUCAAUGGGACCCACGCACAUCGCAACCAACGCACCGCAUAGAAACUGCGCAGGAUGAGCGGCUAUGCGGUGGCGAAGGUGGCUGGAACGCCGUUGCCCUUGAUGCGAGUGGUGCCGUGGCUGUUGUUGGCAGCUCGACGGGAUUUCUCCUAGCGCUCAAUUUGGCGAGUGGUGCCUUGAUUGCAUCGCAUCUCACACAAACACAUUCCAUUGAGGCCAUCACAUACUCACCUACCCUUCCGCUACUCGCUGUUGCAUCGGUGGAUGAGACGAUUGCGCUUUAUGAAGUGCCUUCGAUGAAGUUACGGACUGUUCUGAGGCACGACGGACCUGUGGUCGCUCUUCACUUUGAGCCAAGAACGCCCUUCCUCUUCUCUGCGAGUACGGAUAAAACAGCACGGAAGUGGGAUGUCAGGACCGGCGCUCAGGUUGCGCGUUGGCGCGGUCAGCAAGAUAAUAUUUUGUGUUUGGCCGUACAAGCUGGUGGUCAUAAGGUAUUGACUGCCGGUGAUGAUGGCGUAGCGCUUGUGUUUGGUGAAAGUCAAGCAUGA